AUGUACCACUUUCCAAUUCGCCGCCACUUCGAGGAGGAGCAUGAAGGCCAGCUUCGUACUUGGAAGCGUUGCCAGCUGGAGGAUAUCCUGAAUGACCCCAACAUCCCCAUUGGCAGCAAUGCUCACCUUCGUGUCAUGCCUCAGAAUGGUGUGGUGAAGAUUGAAAACCACCCCAUCCACAUCAUCAUGGAGCGCUCUACUGGCAAGACUAUGGAGUGCUAUGUGGAAUUCAAGGAUUGCAAGGAAGCCAAGUUGGCUGUCUCCCGUGUCACCCGUGGAUCGGAUGUUGGCCUGGGCCCUCGCAUGGGCAUUCGUCAUGUAGAUGUUAGCCUGAGCAGCCCUGACAUGCUUAUGAAGGCUAUAUUCCCUCUGGCCAAGUGUAUCCGCUGGAAGAACGGGCGUCCUAUCCAGGUGGCCCAGCAACCUGAUGAGCCGUGGUCCACUGGCUUCAAAGGCUUUCUCACGCCGGAGGAGAUGUUCGGUUGCGUACGCCAUGCCGAGAACCCUGGUCGAAGCUCAUUCUCCAACAAGGUCCCCCCAGCGCUGCUACGAGUUUAUGUCCACCACCAUGUUCAAGUUACUGACUCGGGGGCUUCACUACAGUAUCCAUGGGCAUACACCAAGCUUUACACCGUCCAAGAGCGUAACCUCAUCUUCCGCACCCUGCGCUUCAUGAUUGAGGCCCUGGUGGAGCGCAUUGACAACGGAUUGGUGGUGGGCCUUUCCACGAACCUCGUCCUCGAACUUGUGCACCUCGGUCUUCACUGCCCAGCCUUCAAUCCCCGCAUGAAGUUCUGCUUGGCAUAUAUUGGCCGCGACGUGAACACCCUUCGUCGCGUCAGCGAGGAGUGGCUGUCCUUUUUCCCGUUCGACACCCUGACCUGGCUUCCUCCCUACAACCCGUUUACACUCGGGUUCUACGCUUAUCUGAUCGCCAACGGAACGGCUGUUCUUCCCGACCACAUAGCUUUGGUCAACCAGUACCACGAGGCGAUGGAACACCUUCUGGAACCCUACGGCCGCAUCUGGUACGAGUGGGAUGAGAGCAAAAUCACAGAAAACUGGAGCUUCGCCGACUGUGUUGAGUACGAAGCUGCCAUAAUGCGCAUCCUCCUGACAUCUGGAUUCCAAAAGACCGGUGCUGAACGUGCUGCGUCCCGUUCUUCUAGCGUCGCGACUGCCGUUCGUGCCCCUUCUCCCAGCGACGACAACGACAACGACAACAAUGACGGUGGCAAUGACGACGACGACUACUCUUGGGACGAAGCUCCUCGUCCCGGCAUCGCUUCCUUUCAGACUGCUCUCGGUACUGCCGUUGGCGGCAGCCAGGUUGAGAAUGCCGACUGGGAUGCCCCCCGACCCGUUUCGCCUGUCCGUCGCGGUCGUGGUGGUCUCUACCGUGGCCCUCAGAACCCCCGAGGUGGAGCCCCCACCCCAGUCGAGUGGCGUCGUGGCGGCAGUCGUCCAUAUUUCCCAGCCCGUCGUGGCCAUGGUCGUGGUGGCGAGAUUGGCCCGGGUGAUGGUGAAGGCGACGAGCGGGAGGUUGCCUGGCCCUUCAACCCCCGUUUCCGUGACCGCCGUUCUGCUUAA